AUGGACUACGAUCUCAACCUCCAUGACUUCUCGUCGAUCUUCUCGCUCAAAGGCAAGAUCGCCGUCAUCACUGGCGGCUCUCGUGGCCUCGGCCUGAGCGCAGCUUCGGCCAUCCUCCAAGCCGGUGCCUCCAAGGUGUACAUCAACUCCCGCAAGAAGAAGGUCUGUGACGAUGCGGCCGCCGCCCUCAACAAGCUUCCCGGUCUGGCCCCCGGCGCCAAGGCCAUCUCGGCGCCCGCCGACGUCACCAACCCCGAGGGCCUGCGCAAGUUUGUGGACUUUGUCAAGCAGGACAGUCCCGAGGGCAUUGACAUUCUCCUGGCCAACGCCGGUGCCACCUGGGGCGAGCCCUUCGACACCCACCCGGAUGCCGCCAUUGCCAAGGUGCUCGACCUCAAUGUGCGCGCCGUCUUCAACACCAUUCGCGAGUUCGGCCCCUCGCUGCUGCGCCGCGGCACGCUCGAGGACCCCAGUCGCGUGCUCGUGACGGGCAGUGUCGCCGGCCAGGGCAUUGGCACGAUCGGCAAGCAGGCCACCUUUGGCUACAGCGCCAGCAAGGCCGCCGUCAUCCACCUGGCCCGCAACCUGGCCGUCGACCUGGGCCCGCGCCACAUUACCGUCAACUCGAUUGCGCCCGGCUUCUUCCCCACAAAGAUGUCGCAGGGCCUGCUGGCGAUGGCGGACGGUGGUGCGGACGGCGUGGCCAAGAGCAACCCGAUGCAGCGGCUCGGCAAGCCGGAGGACUUUGCCGGCGCCGUAGUGUACCUGACGUCGCGGGCAGGCUCGCACGUCAACGGUGCAACGCUGACGAUUGACGGAGGCGCCAUGUGGCAGACGGGCCAGAUGGGCGGCAUUAACAAGUCGAAGAUCUAA